UGUCGUAUAUAAUGGUUGAGGAGAAGCUUUCGUAAGUUGGGAAACCCUAAUUCUGCGUGGUGAGUGAAAAUGGCGGUACCCUUGCUCUCCAAGAGGAUCGUGAAGAAGCGCGUCAAGAAGUUUAUACGCCCCCAGAGUGAUCGCAAGAUCUCCGUCAAGCCAAGCUGGCGCAGACCCAAGGGUAUUGAUUCUCGUGUCAGGAGAAAGUUCAAAGGAUGCACUUUGAUGCCCAACAUUGGUUAUGGCUCAGACAAGAAAACCCGCCAUUAUCUACCAAAUGGUUUCAAGAAAUUUGUCGUGCACAAUGUGAAAGACCUGGAACUUCUCAUGAUGCAUAACAGGACAUACUGUGCUGAGAUUGCUCACAAUGUAUCCACAAGGAAGAGGAAAGACAUAGUUGAGAGAGCUGCUCAGCUUGAUGUUGUCUUGACGAACAAGACGGCCAGACUACGUAGCCAGGAGGAUGAGUAGAUCCAAUAUAUGGGAGAGUUAUUUAUGUUUUGUAGUGAGCUUCUGUUGACACCCUUGAUGGUAGAUUUUGAUUUUUUGUUAUUUUCUUGCCAAAACUUUGUUGCAUGCCGUACAAUUUUAUAUGUUGCUUAUUGUCUAUUUGCUGUUACUAAAGUUUUCUACCCCCAUCUUAAGUUUAACUUCUGUUCUAGUUGAAGGCAAUUUUUUGAGGUUUAUUGCUUUUGCUUUACCUCGUUGGCAAUGUGAUGAUUGUUAA